AUGGCUGUCCUUGAAAAGCUCAGCAGCUCACUGAGUAGUGUGUUCGCAGAGACUGACCGCGUGUUUCGCCUGAAUGGGCUUAAUCAAAUCACGUACCCGUUCUUCAAGAGAAACACGCAGCCAGUCUCUGCCCAAAGCACGUACGUGGAGCUGCUCAAGUGCAGCUUGAUUCCAUUCGACUAUCGAUCCGUAGCCGAAGGCUUUUUCGGCAAAAUGACGACGGGCUGCGGGCAAAGUGAAGCUGAUCACGCUGAUGUAAGCAGAUUUUGUGGAGAGAUACUCAUCUCAAUCGCCACUAACGUCAUAUUAUCCAUUGAAUAUCGGUAUGCUGGUAUAAGGUACUCCGAGCACAAACGCGAAGUAAUCGUGCUGGCCGGCCAAAACCAGUUGAUGGAGGCGCUUGGAGUCGCUUUGGAUGGCGUCGGAUUCAACGAGAAGAGCUGGUGCGUGAUGACGGAGGCAGCCGCAGGUCUGUGCUUCAUGCAGCUUUGUAUCGGCGUUACGGUAGAGUGCAAGUACGUGGCACCAGACCGCCGGGAUUUUGUCGAUCGACUCUGCGCAAUGCUGGCUCACCUAAAGCAAGAAGUCGUCGACUCGGUUCAGCGAGAGGUCGAACACGAUCUCAUCGUUCGUAACAUGCUUGGGCGUGUGUUCCAGUAUACUGUAAUGUACACGCCUCGCGAAGGAAUUUUAAUUACUUCGAAUAGUAGAAAACCGUGGCACCGAUACUGA